AAAGACAAAUAUUCUUCAAGUUUUGCUGGGGAAGGUAAACAGGUAAAACAGCCAUACAACUAUACAAGAAAAAGAUGUCAAAAGAGAGAGGCUGUUAUUUCCUCCUUGUUUUGUUUGGUUCACCUGAAAUAAUAAACCUCUUAAUAUUUCAACACCAACAACGUUGUUGUCAAUUGUUCACAAAGCUAGCCGGCUGUGUUAUUUAGUUACCAUUCUAUAGUUUUAGUGUGAUCAGAACCAGGUGAGUGAUUAUUUCUCCAUGGUUAAGAAGACAGUCUUGAAGGUUGAUAUCAGUUGUCUCAAAUGCAAAAGGAAGCUCCUCAAAAUCGUCUCUUCAAUUCAAGGGGUGGAUAAAAUUGAAGCUGAUGAAGGGAAGGGCACGUUGACCGUGACAGGGGAUGCAGACCCAUAUGAAAUAAUAGUUCGCAUAAGGAAAGCUGGCAAACAUGCUGAAGUUGUGAGUGUUGGGCCUCCCCAGGCCCCUCAAAAAAAGGAUGAGAAGAAGCCCGAAGAAAAGAAGAAGCCCGAGGCAGAGAAGAAAGAUGAAAAACCUAAGGAGUCCAGUAUCCACAUGCCAUAUUACUAUCCUCCUUACCAACCAGUAGUGCUGUACAUGAACAGAUACGAGGAGCCCAAUCCAUCUUGCACUAUAUUGUGACCAUGUACACGAGUGCAGAGUGCUCAUUUGCGUGAAACUUGUAAUUUCAUCCUUGGAUCUUUUCAGUAGCUGCUGCCGUUAAAAUUAUAGAAACUAAAAUAAUAUUGGAAAAAUAAUAGUUACUACUGCAUAAACCUUUGUUAGCGGAUC